AUGGCUUUCAAAAAGGCCAAAAGACCAUCGCCAGACACACUCGUCAGUCGAGGCCUUCCUCGGCUGCCCAAUGAGCUCAGAUGGGAUGUUGCCAAUUUCAACGAAUUAACCGUUUCGGAGAUUCGACGUGAACUGAGAAGAUGCCGUAUCAAUAUACCGGUGAGAAGAAGAGCAAACAACACGAGGAUAAAAGAUCUCAAGCAAGAUCUGGUUAGGCUUCUUGAGGAGCACUACAAUAACCUGGAUCCUGCCCGAGAGGUCUACAUCACACCGCUCUUAGUCUACCUCAUUGCGAAUAGGAGGUCGCAGAGACGUCUCCCGGCCACCGAUGGAUUGGCACUUCGUCGCUUGAUCGAAAGAGAUGGAUUAUUUAGCGACAGGGAUUUAACAACCAUCCAAGAAUCAUUUGAUGCCUCAAAGGGAAGCAACGAUUGCGACAGCUGGUACGAAUUUAUCGAAGGCCUUUUCGAUAUGGCCCAGAACGAGUGCGAGGGCUGGGAGAAAAAAUACGUCCUCAUUUCGAAUAACCCGGGGACCUAUUGGGAGCGAAAUACAAGCCGGAGAGCUGGUUUGAAACCCAAUAUUGGGACACUGGAACGAAUGUGGUCUACUUAUCGAGGAACAAUGACAGGGUUCUUAGGGCCAGGAGGCACUCGAAACCGUGAAUUCCGCCAACAUGACGCAGGGGGAAACGGCGAAUGCCUCUGGCGUGCAUUUGCCCAUGCAUACUGGGGUAAUGCAGACCUCUGGCAACGUGUCCAGUACGAUGCUGCGGUCGUACUCAAUUACGGUCGUAGGGGCCGUGGUAAUGGGCACGUGGAAAAUUUCGACAGGGACUACAAGAGAGCCAACUCGGUCAGCCAACGGAGACGGGAAUUAUACGACGAUCUAGUUGAGGAGAGUGGGGAUCUUGAGGACCAAAUCUUUGGAAAUGAGUGGGGCACGGAGCAUGCCUUACAACUCAUCGCAGACGCUUACGGCGUGCAGAUAUUUGCACACGUUCCGACCCAUGAUACAAACAGUGAAUCAAUGACUUGGGGGGUUCAGAUAAACGGAGACAAUGAUCCACCUCGCGGACAGAUCCAUCUCAUAAACUGGUCGCAAUAUCAACAUUGGACAGCUCUGAUGCCACUCAGACCAGAUGAAACCGCGGGAAGAGCCGAACACUAUCCGGAUGCAUGCUCGUUUGCUGUGCUUCACGUUCACGCUAGUAUUGAACCUCUAGAGCGUGUUCCUCCAGGCCAUCAGGACCGUGUGCUUGCAGCACGCGGCGCGCCCGUAGACAUAGCCUUUUCAACCCGUACGCCUGCGGACUCCGAAGCAAACUAUCGGAUUCGCGCACCCAAUGUGCAAGGAGCAAACCAAGGCCUUCCAAGAAAGUCAACCAAAGGCUCCAAGCGCCCCAACGACGGCGACCCUCCCGGCCCAUCUUCGUCAAGCAAGAAACAGAAAGCAACUUAA